UACACUGCGUUUAUUCACAAACCUUAAAAAAUCCCGGAUUUUAAGUUUUAACUUAAUUUCAGUUUUAAAUUGUCAUUGUUUAUCAACAAUAUUAUUAUGUUUUAGUUAUAAUUUUUUUAUUUUACAACUUUUAUUUCUCUAGAUACGUUCAAAAUGGCGCGAAGAUAUGAUACAAGAACAACUAUUUUUUCUCCUGAAGGUCGAUUAUACCAAGUGGAAUAUGCUAUAGAAGCAAUCAGUCAUGCUGGAACGUGUUUGGGCAUACUUACAAAUGAUGGAGUUCUCCUUGCAGCUGAAAAACGGAAUGUGAAUAAACUGCUUGAUGAGACUUGUGGCUCAGAGAAAAUUUAUAAACUAAAUGAUGACAUGGUUUGCAGUGUAGCUGGUAUUACUGCUGAUGCUAAUGUCUUGGUUAGUGAAUUACGUUCUAUUUCAGAACGUUAUCGUAUGCAGUAUGGAGAUUCUAUACCGUGUGAACAGCUGGUUUCAUGGUUGUGUGAUGUAAAACAAGCAUAUACUCAAUAUGGAGGCAAAAGACCAUUUGGUGUAUCAAUAUUAUACAUGGGUUGGGAUUCACAUUAUGGCUUUCAACUGUAUCAGUCAGAUCCUAGUGGAAAUUAUUGUGGUUGGAAAGCAACUUGUAUUGGAACGAACAGUGCUGCUGCCAUUGCAUCAUUGAAAACUGAGUAUAAAGAAGGACAAAUGACUUUAGAUGAAGCAAAAAAAUUGGCUGUGAAAAUUUUAUCAAAAACUUUGGACGCUACAAAACUUACAGCUGAUAAAGUGGAAAUGGCUACACUUAAACGAGUAAGUGAUCAGACUGUCACAAACAUACUUGAAAAACAUGAAGUUGAGAAACUUAUUACUGAAUAUGAGAAAAUGGAAGCUGAAAUUGCUGCAGCAAAAGCAGAAGCCAAAGCUAAAGAGAAGAAGGAAAAAGAUGCAAAAGAAAAAGAUCAGUCAUCAUCUUAAAACUAAAAAUAAAAAUUUAAGAUUAAGUAUAAUAUUUAAUGAAAUUAAUGAAAAACAAUUUUUUGGUAAUGGCCUAUUAUAAAUAAUGUGUAAAUUAAAAUAACAUGAUUAUUUCUCUAA